AUGGAACUGAGUCCUCUAGAUGUUAUGCAGAUGCUUGGACGUGCUGGAAGACCUCAGUAUGAUCAACAUGGGGAGGCGCCUGAUGCCCUUGCAAAAGACGUAGUGUUGGAGGAGAGAAGAGCUGACCUGAUACAUUCAGCUGCUACUAUCUUGGACAAAAAUAACUUGGUAAAGUACGACAGGAAAAGUGGAUACUUCCAAGUUACUGAUUUGGGACAUCUUUAUCGUCUGUUCUCACUGAGUGAGGAGUUCAAGUAUGUGACUGUUCGGCAAGAUGAGAAGAUGGAACUGGCAAAACUUUUGGAUCGUGUCCCGAUUCCAAUCAAGGAAACUCUGGAGGAGCCCAGUGCAAAGAUUAAUGUUCUGCUACAAGCAUAUAUMUCACAGCUAAAGCUUGAYGGUCUUUCUUUGACAUCUGACAUGGUCUAUAUUACUCAGCGCGGAUSGGRUCAACUGGCUGAGAAYGCUCUGAACUUGUCUAAAAUGGUUGGGAAGAGGAUGUGGAGUGUCCAGACACCCCUUCGUCAGUUUCAUGGAAUUCASAAUGACAUUCUGAUGAAGUUGGAGAAGAAGGAUUUGGUGUGGGAGAGGUACUAUGAUCUAUCCUCACAGGAGCUAGGAGAGCUAAUUCGUAGUCCMAAGAUGGGCAGYCCGCUUCACAAGGCCAUCCAUCAGUUCCCAAAGUUGACUCUCGCAGCACAUGUUCAGCCUAUUACUCGAACUGUUCUGAAGGUGGAACUCACAAUUACACCUGAUUUCCUGUGGGACGAAAAAAUUCAUAAAUAUGUUGAGCCAUUUUGGAUAAUUGUGGAAGACAAUGAUGGUGAGAAGAUCCUUCAUCARGAGUAUUUUCUUUUGAAGAAGCAGUAUAUUAGUGAGGAUCACACAAUAAACUUCACUGUGCCAAUCUUUGAACCGCUGCCACCUCAAUAUUUUGUCCGAGUGGUUUCAGACAAGUGGCUUGGCUCGCAGACUGUGUUGCCUGUAUCUUUCAGACAUCUUAUUCUUCCAGAAAAGUACCCACCACCUACAGAGCUAUUYGACUUGCAGCCCCUACCGGUCACAGCUGGGAAGACUAUAUGUGCGGAGUUUGCUAUACUUAAGAAUCAUCAAGAAGGACCUGAUGCUACAAUGCGUGUUGUCUACAUUGCACCACUUGAGGCUAUUGCUAAGGAGCASUUUCGUAUCUGGGAGAGGAAGUUUMGGAAGGGUCUUGGUUUACGYGUUGUUGAACUAAKUGGGGAGACGACGUUGGAUCUUAAGCUGCUUGAGAAAGGGCAGAUAAUUAUAAGUACUCCUGAGAAAUGGGAUGCUCUUUCUCGCAGGUGGAAACAGAGAAAAUACGUUAAACAGGUUAGUCUUUUCAUCGUCGAUGAACUCCAUCUACUUGGAGGUCAAGGUGGURCAGUGUUGGAGGUAAUKGUCUCUAGAAUGAGAUAUAUUUCAAGUCAGAGCGAUAAUAAGAUCAGGAUUGUUGCGCUUUCCACUUCCCUUGCAAAUGCAAAAGAUCUUGGGMAGUGGAUUGYGGCCAGMUCCCAUGGCCUUUUCAACUUUCCUCKUGGAGUCCGGCCUGUUCCACUGGAGAUCCACAUUCAAGGAGUGGAUAUAUCCAGUUUUGAAGCCAGGAUGCAGGCGAUGACCAAGCCCACCUACACCYCCAUAGUCCAACAUGCCAAMAACAAGAAGCCGGCUAUAGUUUUUGUCCCAACCCGUAAACARGUCCGCUUGACUGCUGUGGAUUUGAUGGCURACUCUCACAUGGACAACCCGCAGAGCCCUGAUUUCCUGUUAGGGAAACUGGAAGAAUUGGAGCCUUUUCUUAGCYAAAUCCGCGAGGAAACAUUGAAGGAGACACUGCGCCAUGGUGUUGGGUARUUGCACGAAGGCUUAAGCAGUCUGGAUCAGGAGAUCGUGACACAGCUCUUUGAAGCUGGACGGAUUCAGGCUUGUGUGAUGAGCAGUUCACUYUGUUGGGGCACUCSAUUAACUGCGCAUUUGGUGGUCGUAAUGGGGACGCAGUAUUAUGAUGGAAGGGAAAAUUCACAUUCAGAUUAUCCCGUACCUGAUCUGCUUCAGAUGAUGGGGCGUGCUAGCCGACCUCUACUUGACAAUGCUGGGAAGUGUGUGAUAUUCUYUCACGCACCGCGUAAAGAGUAUUACAAGAAGUUCCUGUAUGAAGCCUUCCCUGUGGAAAGUCAUCUUCAGCAUUACUUGCAUGAUAAUUUCAACGCAGAAGUGGUUGCUGGMGUUAUAGAGAACAAGCAGGAUGCUGUGGAUUAUCUUACAUGGACUUUCAUGUACAGGAGGCUUCCCCAGAARCCUAACUACUACAAUCUKCAAGGAGUUAGCCACAGGCAUUUGUCUGAUCWCCUAUCAGAGCUGGUUGAGAACACCUUGUCUGAUCUUGAAGCCAGUAAAUGCAUUGAGAUAGAGGAUGAGAUGGAUCUCUCUCCUCUCAAUCUUGGUARGAUCGCGUCCUAUUAUUACAUCAGUUACACCACCAUCGAGCGRUUCAGUUCUCUUUUGUCUUCUAAAACCAAGAUGAAAGGACUUCUUGAGAUCUUAACAUCAGCUUCGGAGUAUGACAUGAUCCCUAUACGGCCUGGGGAAGAGGACACUGCACAUUUCUCGAGGCAGAACAUCAGCGGGAACUUGGCAAUGGAUCAGCGUGAGGUCCUUCUGUCUGCAACUAGACUUCUUCAAGCGAUGGUUGAUGUSAUAUCGAGCAAUGGCUGGCUGAAUCUUGCUCUCCUAGCUAUGGAAGUAAGCCAGAUGGUGACUCAAGGCAUGUGGGAGKGGGAUUCCAUGCUUCUGCAGCUCCCRCARUUCACAAAYGACUUGGCCAAAAGAUGCCAAGAGAAUCCGGGGAAAAAUAUUGAAACCGUAUUUGAUCUUGUGGAGAUGGAGGACGAAGAACGCAAAGAGCUUCUCCAGAUGUCAGAUCCUCAGCUUCUAGYCAUUGCCAGYUUCUGCAACCGUUUCCCCAACAUUGACCUUACUUAUGAGGUUGUGGGCAGCGAAGAGGUGACCGCYGGAAAAGAGGUSACAUUGCAAGUGAUGCUUGAGAGAGACAUGGAGGGGAGGACAGAAGUGGGGGCRGUGGAUGCACCCAGGUARCCCAAGACCAAAGAWGAAGGGUGGUGGCUGGUGGUGGGCGACACCAAGACGAACCAGUUGCUGGCAAUCAAGCGUGUCUCAUUGCAGCGGAAAGCGAAGGAGUACUCUUUCCCUGUUGAUAUCAAAGAAUCUGGCGCUGCCGAUCACAUGGAAGAGUGA